AUGUUUCAGGUUCUUGGAAGUAUCCCAUUUCAAACUUAUUUCCAGCGAAUUCUCUCAGCCGCCUCACCAAGACAAGCAAGUUUCAUUUCCUAUCUCUCUGGGCUGGGAUGCCUUUUAAUGGCCAUCCCCUCCGUGCUCAUAGGGGCAGUAGCAGCAUCAACAGACUGGAAUCAGACAAGCUACGGUCUUCCAAGCCCAUUAGAGAGAGGAGAAUCAGCCAUGAUACUGCCAUUUGUUCUGCACUAUCUCUGUCCAUCAUACAUUUCCAUCGGUGGCUUGGGAGCUAUUGCUGCUGCUGUCAUGUCUUCUGCAGAUUCAGCCCUUCUGUCUGUUGGCUCUUUAUUUGCUCACAACAUCUACAGAAAAAUUCUUAGGAAAAAGGCUACAGAGAAAGAUGUUUUAUGGACAAUGAGAGCCUCCAUGCUGGUGUUUGGGACAGCAGCUGCUGGCCUGGCUUUUUACUCCCAUUCUAUUUAUGACCUGUGGUUCUUGUCUGGUGAGCUAGUGUAUGCCCUCCUCUUUCCUCAACUGUGCUGUGUGCUCUUCAUACCUCACACCAACACGUACGGCUCAGCAGCUGGGAUCCUCUUGGGGUUCCUUCUGAGGCUGUUGGCAGGGGAGCCGUCCCUGAAAAUCCCUCCUGUUAUCCACUACCCAGGCUGCUGCCUUGUGGAUGGGGUCUACGUUCAGCUGUUCCCUUUUAAAACAUUCACCAUGCUGUUCACUUUGGGGAUCAUAGUCUUUGUUUCCUACCUGUCAGCAUUUUUGUUUAAGAGAAACCUCCUCUCUCGCAGAUGGGAUGUUUGCAACAUUAUGAAAGAAAACAGUUUACACAUCCCUCUGCACCAGCUGGAAAAGCAGGACUUGCAAGGGACUGCAUUGCCAGAGAAUCAUGAUUAAAUGCAGAGCAUCAGCUGAAAGGCAAUUGAGCAAACUGCAGUUUUGUUACCAGGUCAAUGAUGUUUCUUCUUUAUUCUUCCCUAUUUAGCAGUGAAUUGUUCAAAGCCCACAGUAGAGUCAUAAAGAUAGUCAGCACUCCAUUAACACCACAAGGAUGAAGGAAGUCAGAGUUUGCAAUACUGAAAGGUGCGCAGUGAUGCAAAUGGCUGUGUGGUGAUUAGUAUGAAAUAUUAUAAAAUAAAACUUGCUUCUGCUUGGUUUUGGUACAACAGUCUUUGCAAAAUGCAACUGUGGUGAGCAGUUAAAGGCCAUUUCCUAACAGAGAUAAAAUUCAUAUGUUACACUUCCGUAUCUCACAACACCUGUAUUAAUGAAUGUUUUAACAGAUUGUAUAUUGAGAAGAAACUGUUGUCAUUGCCAUAAAUGGGAGUUUUACUAUACAUUUCUACCACUGCAUUUUUCAGGGUUAAAUUUGUCACAAUCUUAAAUGCCUGCUUUUCAAUGCAAAGCCUGCUUGUGAUGCCCAGCUGCCACAGGAAGAUUGCCUCAAGAUUCAUGCCUUAAGAUUCAUCUCUCUGUUCAAGCUCUUAUUUACUCAAGAAGGACAGAAAUUGAAGCAGUAAUAUCCACCAUUGUCAUUUGAAAAGAUACUUCCCUGUACAUCCACUCCACUCUGUACCUUUUCCUCCUAAACCUGUCAUUCCCUCCAACAAAUAUA